GAGACGCAGAGGCGGAUUGCGACACCGCUGGUCGUAGUGACCGGCAAAUCCGAUCAGCUCCACAGCCUCCUCGACCACAUCAGCCCAUGUCUUAUCUAGCCCAUGCCGCGCCCGUUUAGCCCCCCUCUAUCUGGCCAAUAAAGUCAAGUUCCCCGUAAUAGUCUGCGCAGAUUGUUGGGGCAAGUGCUGUUAGCGAGCAGCGAUGAAGGUCGGCACAUCACGCGAGGGAGUGGGUGGCCAGAACCACACUCGGCCGCCUUUGUCUCCCUCAUGGCAAUGAUGUUUAGACACUUACCAGGUACAGUACUCAAUUUGAGGCUGAGUCGACUUAGGGGAGUCCCAGGACCCGUUAAUAUAAUCGUCACUGGUGUUGGCCGUGAUCGGAAAUCGAACUCGGGUCGCCGGGUUCGUAGCGCAGUUCACUCACCAGCGCACCACCGCUCCCCACUAUACACACACAGACACACAAACACACACACAGAGACACACGAACACACAGACACACACACACAGACACACACAGACACAGAGACACGAACACACACAGACACACAAACAGAGACACACACACAGACACACACAGACACACGAACACGCACACACAGACACGAACACACACAGACAGACAGACGAACACACACACACACAGAGACACACACAGAGACACACACAGACACACACACACACAGAGACACACACACACACAGAGACACACAGAGACACACACACACAGAGACACACACACAGAGAGACACACACACACAGAGACACACACAGACACACACAGACACACACAGACACACGCACACACAGAGACACACACAGACGCGAACACGCGCGCAGCGAGCGGCAGAGUAACGAGUUAAGUCUUAACCGCGCCCCAUCCCGAACGUCACCCUCCCUGGGCGACUUAAAGCCACCGCCGCCACCACAGCGGCCACGAGUACGCAAAUGAGAGCGCCUCUUCCCAGUGAUUGAUGAGCUAACAGGACGACCCGAGGCAGCUAUUUACAGAGGAAGGGGUGGUGGGAAGAGUUGAGGCCACGAUCCAACCACUGCCACACACACACACACGCGCGCGCCACAGGCACUCAUCACAACUUUCCAACCGAGCGCCGCGCCAGGAGAUCGAACGUUGACAGCUGCCGCUUCGAGCACGAAGGGCACAGGGGGUGGUGAGAGGGUAUCGGUGCGAGGCGCUGGGAGGCUCUUGGAGUGACACUUCGGUUCACGCACCUGGCACAAGUGUCUCCGCACUCGGGUCUGAGCGGGUCGCGCGAUGGGCGAUUGGAGCUUCCUCGGGAGGCUCUUGGAGAACGCGCAGACGCACUCCACCGUGGUGGGCAAGGUUUGGCUCUCGGUGCUCUUCAUCUUCCGCAUCCUCGUGCUGGGAGCGGCGGCCGAGAGCGUGUGGGGCGACGAGCAGGCGGGCUUCCGCUGCAACACGCAGCAGCCCGGCUGCGAGAACGUGUGCUACGACGAGGCCUUCCCCAUCUCGCACAUCCGCUUCUGGGUGCUCCAGAUCAUCUUCGUGUCCACGCCGGCGCUCGUCUACCUGGGCCACGUGCUGCACAUCAUGCGCAUGGAGUCGCGCCGGAAGGAGGAGCUCGAGGAAUGGCGGAAGCGGCAUCCCGACGAGGACGAGGACGACUGCAGGGCGCUCCUCGACGGCGCCAAGGGCAGAAAGGGCGGCCCGCCCAAGUCGAGGAAGACCUACGUGAGCGACCAGGGCAAGGUCUGCAUCAAGGGCGCCUUGCUGCGCACCUACGUGCUCAGCAUCUUCAGCAGGACCAUCUUCGAGGUGGGCUUCAUCGUGGGCCAGUACUUCCUCUACGGAUUCAGCCUGGGGCCGCUCUACCGCUGCAGCAGGAGCCCGUGCCCCAAUGUGGUCGACUGCUUCAUCUCGCGUCCCACCGAGAAGACCAUCUUCAUCCUCUUCAUGCUUGUGGUGGCCUGCCUCUCGCUGCUGCUCAACCUCUUGGAGAUGUACCACCUGGGCUGGAAGAAGAUCCGCAAGGGGCUCGGCAAGCGCUACGAGAAGAUGCAGCAGCAGCAGCAGCAACAGUCCGCGAUGAAGCACCACCCGCCCUCGCUCGACCAACACUCGGUGAAGACCUCCUCGCAGCCCAUCUCCUACACCUACUACCAGCCGCCCACGGACGAACGCAACUACGACCCGCCGAGUUUCCGCACGGCGACCAGAGACCCCGUCGCGGGGGCCCGUCUCGUCGCACAGGGCGUGGACGGGCAGAAUUGGGCCAACUGGGAGGAGGAGGAGAGCCGACGGGGCGCCGCUCGGGCCGCCACCGCCGGCGGCGAGGAGGCGAGGCACGCGGCUCACGCGCCGCACCUCGUGAGCCGCGGCCUCGCGAUGAGCACUCCGCCGCACGGCGCUCCUCCUCCAGCCACGUCGUCGUCGUCACCGCCGCCGCUGCUGCUGCAGCCCUGGGCCGCGUCCUCUCCUGUCGCCUGUGCCUCCUCCUCCUCCUCGGCCGCCGUCGCCGCCGCUCUGGCUGCGGCUCUGGAGGACGAGGCGGAGGUUCUGACGGCUACGGUGCAGAUGCACAAGCCGCCUCUGCGUGACGCGGGAGGCGAGCACGACAUCGACUUGAGGAGGUUGAGCAGGGCGAGCAGUCGGGCGCGCUCCGAUGACCUGCAGGUGUAGCCCCCCCCCCCCCCCCACGUUCUCUCCGAGGGUCCGCCUCGACUCAGCCGCGCGUGGCGCUUUUCAGAGUGACCAUUUACAUACAUUUUUUACCGUGGGAUUCUCAUUUAUUUGAAUCAAUCAUGGUUCCAAUGUUGAUCAAGGUGGGCCCUUUUCCCCAAAAAUUUUAAUCGCUUUCUCCAUUUGCGAGCUUCAGUCCAGACUCUGCAAGACUUCUUGAAGCACCUCCCAUUAGCACUGUUGGCUACGUACGGUGCGAAAAAAGUUCAACAUACAUCCAAGCAGAUUAAAGGACUGCAUUGGCACACAACCAUAGGCAGACAACAAUAUACCCGGUCGUGUCGAGAGGGAACCGUUUGUAACAAAGGCGAUAAAUUGACCGACUUCAUCGCUGGAGAGAGCCAGGGACGGUGAACAUCCUGUUACCUACGUGUCUUUACCGAAAAAAAACCUAAGAAUAUGAAUCCUGUUGUGGAAUUAGAAAAAAAAAUCGGAAGGUUUUUAAUAGAUUUAAAUUCGCAGAGAGUGGGUAUACAAUCCCUUCAAGAGUGACACAUGGAUAAUUAAACUGGCUUACACACAAAAAAUUGCAUCAACAUGUGACACGCAAUGGUCUGUCAAGCACGUUCAGCCGCGUGGAUGGAUCACAACUCGGCCAAGUGACACAUUCCUGGAGAGACAAAGAGUCGAUCCCUCGCCGCGACGAUUGUUGUCGACGCCUCUCCCUCCCUCUCACAGGUCAGAUCGUACGGAUAAUGUUGAAGUUGGCGGGUUCACAUUCCGUAAGAUGUGGUGCCGUGAGCUCACCGGAGCCCGAGAGCUCCACGUGCUCCUCCAUCAACGCCGCGCCGGCCACUCGACGCGUCACGCCGAGUCGGCGUUGGCCGUCGUGGUCCCACGGCGUCGCCUUGCCAGAGACCGCAGUGUGGUGGUGGUGGUGGUCUGCGUCAUUAAGACGUUUUAUCGGCGUCAAUAAAGUUAUACAAAUCUAAUCUUACACACACACCCGAUUAUAAUACGCACCCCUUCCCCCAAAAUUAGCUUUAAAACACAGUGGGGGGGGGGGGGGGGGGGGGGGGGGGAGUGCAUCGUGUAAUCGGUAUCGUGCACGGUAACACACGACCGUCUGGCGGAGCGAGCUAUCUGGCAGCAGCAGUAGACACGGCAAUGUCGAGGCGGUAUAAAGGAUGAGCUCACAGGCUAACACCAUGGACCACGUGAACAGCCACUGAUAGAUGAGGGCCGCCCCACUCCCUGAGGGUCGUAGGGUUCACUUGACCAGACUCCACGAUGGUCAGCACGGGUCGCCGUGGGCGGGUAGAUACCGCAGCAGCCUGUAGCACCUGUGGAUGCAUUAGAGUCGCACGUCCGAGCACUAUCCUGGCCCAAACCUGCUUUGGCUGUGUGCGGUAAAGUCAAUUUCACUUCUGUGUUCACACCUCCCAUGCACCCUCCCCCCACCCGCCUGAACCAACCCGCAUGAACCAGCGUGGUGAAGUAUGCUCAAGCAUCCCCAGUGACCCGCACGGCGUGGGUUAGCCCCUCGUCCAGCAGUGCAAUGAGAAUGGGCUCGAGAUGUCGAUGUAAUUCUUCUGUGCAGAGCAGCACUGUAGGCUAAACGCAAGCACUUGUGACUCUUGGUUGUGCUAUUUGUUUAGCAUGGCACGUGUGCGUGUGUGUGUAGCUCUGUGUAGAUGUGGUGGGGAGCGUGGGGAGUGGUGGUGAGCGCUUCGCUGCGCUACGAACCCCGGGUCUCCCCUAGGUCGACUCAGCCUCAAAUGAGUACCUGGUGCAGUGUAUAAAAGCGUGGUGCUGGCCACCCAAAACCUCGUGUGUCGCGCAGGCCGUGCCGGCCUUCACAGGUGCUUGCAAACACCGCUUGCCCCAACAGUCUGCUAAGGCUAUACGGGGGGGGGGGGGGGUCUUUGUAACAUGUCCAUACGCAGCGCCUAAUUUCUGGGGCGUUGGUCUGGAAAAUGUUGGCACGCCACAUCCGUCUCACGACAUCUCGUCCUCACAUUUGUUAUAAACCUGUGCAUAAGAUUACAGGAAUUAUAAGGGUACAGUAAUACAAGAUUAUCACUGUUAGACAUACUUUGUACUCUCGUGGUAGUGCCUUACGCCGAUAAUUAUCCUUACUCUAAGCCAGCCCAGCAGCAUUUCAGAAAAUAUCUAGCGAUAAAUUAAUCUCUGCGUGUAUAUAUAUACACACCCACACGUUGUUACUGAUAUGCAUAAUCGAGUGGCUGUCUGCACAAGAGCAGGGACAGGGCGACGAGUGGAUGCACACAGCAUCGCGUGCACUGGGCGUGGGCAGUCGGAACACCGCGAUUGACGACCACCCUGGUUCGACUACCGACUGCGGUGCACAACGUUGGUAAAUGGUAAUCUAAUCAUGCUCUGGGUGUCCCGUAGGUUGACUCAGCAUUAACUGAGUACCCGUAUCCAAAGUUACAAUUGGGAUACAUUUAGAGACAAAGGCGGCCGAGGAGUGCGUGGCGUGUGCGCUGCGUUCGUCACUCGCGUUGCGCGCUGUGCCACUCGCGUUGUGUGCCACUCGCGUUGUGCGCUGUGCCACUCGCGUUGUGUGCCACUCGCGUUGUGCGCUGCGCCGGCUUCAGUCUAACAGCGCCGCGUGUCCCGGCUCAGGAGCGGCCUUUGUUGUAUGUGCGACUGUACAAAUUGGCCAUGAAUGCAGCCUUAUUCAUAACGUGUUACGGGCUAAACUUCAGGAAUGUUGUCGAUACUAGAUCGUAUUAAUAGCCGUAACAAUCAAUGUAAGACGUAAAGUAAUGAAAACGAAUGUAAAUUAAAAAAAAUAACUAUCGAUAAGGAAUGUUUACCAUGGCCACCUUAUAGCCACCAAGGCGACCACACGUACAGCAAGUGGGUUGCCAGCCCCACGUUUGUGCAUCUCGAGUCUUCGCCUCUCGUGCGAGUGAGGGGGUCAUCGUUUCUCCCACGUGUACUUGAAGAAAGAAAAAAGCUCCAAAAAAAAGGAGUCUGGUACAAACAUCCCCAUCGACAGGGAGCACCUCCCUGUACGACAGACACGAAGUGAAUGCUUGUCUCUGUCAUUAAAUACCAUCUGUGAGCAUCACCACCACCAUCACCGCAGUACUUACAGGGUUGCGAUGCGCAGUGUGUCCUCGAAAUACUGGGCUCAAUCAGCGGUGGGGUUACAUCGGCUAUAUAUAAACAUUCAUCUGUUUUUUUUUAUAUAAAUAUCCGUUAUUCCCACGAAGACCAAACUUAUAUCAUGUCCCCUUUUUGACAUCGCCAUUCAAAUGCCUUUUGUGACAUUAAAUUAUAUCUUAGAACAACGUCAAUAUAUAGAAAAACAGAAAGGCAAAGAAACCAGCAAUGCAACUACCGAAACAUCGCUAAGCACAAUUCUGGAUCGCACGAUCCAACACUUGCUACAGCACUGACAGUCGCUCCCCACGGUGUGUGUGCCUUGCCACCAGCUCAUAAACACUCACAGCAGUUCGUCUCGAACUGCUUCGAGUGUUUAGUUUGUUGUCCUUCCCCAGCAACUCCGAUUAGCGCGGUUCAACACACGUACGUAAACGUCGCGUCUCUGUGCAGCGUGGAGACUCGGGUGAACAACAAGCCAGCCACGACACCAUCUGGACACACGAUCGACAAUAGAACCGUGGUCUUUAAAGGCACAUAAUUGGUGACGUCUCGGACGAUGACUCCUCUCUAUCGCACAGCAAGGGACAUUGCCAGACACGUCGUUGAUUGUUUGUAUUUCCUUGAAGGCCGCAGGGUCAUUUGCGAAUGUGUUGAAUUUGCUUUUAUUUGUACGUGUCCACCACUGCCAAGACAGGCAGCAGUGUCACCAAAUAGUUUGAUUAACAAUUAGUCAGCACUGCUUUGCACGAUGUUCAAUCAGGGUGCCACGGUGGCUAGGAGAUGCUAACUACCUCGCCUGGUCCACAGGAGGUCGUGGGUUCGACCCCGACCCUGACGCCUGCUGCUGUAUAUCUGUAGUCUGCGUGUCUCUCUCCCCGUGGUCGCGUUGACUUUUCUCCGAGCCCUGCAGUUUCCCCUCCACAUUUAGAAUCAACAUGUUAGAGUAUUUGGCUGCUAUAAAUUACCACAUAUUAAGCUACUUCGUGGAACUAUGAUAUCUUGACCAGUUUCAGUUUUCUAGAAUCAAGAGUUACGAUUUAAUUUCCAUUUGUUCCUUCAGAAAUCCCACCCAAAAAACGCGAUUUAUCCACCCAUGUUAUUUCGAGGCCACUGUAUAACAUAAAUAUAUGAUUACGCAUAUCAAAUGUCUUGCCAAAAAUGUUGUAAUUUCAAAGAUGUUGGAUCUAUGCACAAAUGUAAUGCAUUUUAAAUAAUGUACUUACGUCUAGGAAAGCCUAAACAACACACGUGUUUCAGCACAUGGGGAAAUCAACAUUGGUAUCGUAAAAAAAUAACGUUUGCACUGCUACUCUAUGUUAGUAUUCCUAAUUUAAUAUGCACUAAUUGCUUAAUACUUGACAAACGCAACGUAUAUUUAGUAUGCAAGCUUUAACUGUGUGUUGCCUUAUCUCCGGUGUCCGGUGAUUGAAAUGAGCGUGAACAUCUUUGCGAGUUAAAGGCGCAGCCCUGCAAUCGCUUGCUCGCGCCACUGCUGCCAGAAUGCGGCCUCUACUCGAGGGGGGGCCGGUGUGCGCUUCCUAGAGAGCACUUGGCCGAAUCUCCCCCCUGAGCAGACGUCCUGUACCCCGUCGCACACGAGCUGUCGAUCGACUUCACCGCAUUCGUGCGCAUUGCAUUUGCACGCUUUGCAUGAGACAAUUGUAGAGUAUACAUGUCUCGUGUGCAUUACCUGCAGUGUAAUACUGUACUGCGUGUUACCAUCACUGCCUGGAUUGACAACAAUCGAUAUCAGGGAUGACCUUCGUGUGUAUGGAGUCACAUAUGCAAUGAAUAUCACGGGCCACUACUUUUUGUACAGAAAUAUCAACUCGACCUCAAGAGCAACCGGGCGAUGGGUGAGAUCGACAGCUCGCUCGUGGGAUGUUGGGUUGUACCGCGUGGAGUUCGGCACGACUGUCCGAAGUUUCGCUCCACGCGUGCUGGAAGCUUCAUCAGCAACACUGGACCUUUCAGACUGCGCCUGCCAUCAGUACAGGAUGUUUGGUCUGACACGUGACUAUUUGUGAAGCGUCAUAUCCUACGAUGUUCUGCAAUAGAUCAUAGCACAGCAAACGACAAUAAGAUAUAAUCAAAGACGAUUAAGAAUCGCUCAGCUACUGGUCAACGAGGUAGCAUGGCAUUGAACACUCGUUACGACCAUGCAAACGAGGUGUUGAGACUUGUGAUGUUUUUAAAACGCGGAGUUCCCCCCCCCCCCAUAAUUGCUUUCGCCAUCCUGUUGUGGCACAAGACGAAGACAAACGUCGCAACGUUCUGGAGACAGCAGCAUGCCAGCUGAUGUUCGAGAAGCAACGUUCUGGAGAUAGCAGCGUGCCAGCUGAUGUUCGAGAAGCAGCCUCGAGAAGGUGGCGUCACAGAACUGCCGUGUGAGGCUCCUCGAAUCGCUUGUUUGUACUCAUCAGCUGGUGCACGUGUUGCACGAAGAAUGCGCAUCACGUGCCAAACAAACCAAGCACGAUACAUUCCUAUAGCCAGAAUAAAGCCUCGUCAAGUGAAUGAAACCAAUUGUGACGAGAUGGGGUUUUUUAAACAUGCUUUUUUUACGCAGCCAAAUGUCGACUGGUAAGCAACUCGCUCCGUAGCUACGUGCAGGCCGGUGCUGCGCCCAGCCUUGUGCCACGCGGAGACAGCUGCCACUGGGGGUUCCCCUGGGCUCGCCUGCAGCAGGCGGUACAUUUGAGUGGUUGACAUUGGACGUGAAGUUCGGCUGAGGCAUGUAAGCAAGCGUCCACGCACAGUAAGGCCAAAUUCGGAAUCCGGGUUUCAUCACGUGCAGUUGUAACAACGUGGAUUCGAACUCGCAACGUUUCUCACUCAGAUCCAUCGACUCGGUGCUCUGAGAUGGUGAGCGCUGAUCUUGAUCCGGGUUCGGGCUUUCUUUUGAAGAAGACAACACUGAGUCUGCUUUGCUAGUUCAUAGGCCUUGCACGUGUGGUUUGGUUAACACCGCAAUAGUUGAGAUGCGUUUGCACCAAAGUACUAACGUCAAACGGUUGCUAUUAUUGUUAUUCUUGGGUCUUUCGGUAAAGUCACGUAGAUAGGUUCGAACCUAUCUACGCUACUUUACCGAAAGACCCAAGAAUAUGAAGUUCUGCAGUGUCACGAAAGCUUCAAGUCGAGAUUUCCAUUUAUUGUUGUUGAUUGUUUUUCUCUCAUUUUACAAUAAAACAUAAACUCGAUUAUAUAUUGUUCUCGCCGUGUUUGUUGCAAGCCCAGCAUGCGUUAAGAACCAUUCAAGCCGUGCGUAUCGGAUUUGCACAAUGCUUUGCUAAGCACUCCGUUUGUGCCUUGACGUGAGCUGAGCUACUUUUGAUGAAAUCCUUUUAAUUAAGAAAUAAAAUCACGAAAUCCUUUUCAACAA